AUGAUAAAGAUGAUGAUAAAGGAGGCUAUCACCAAAUAUCGGUCAAGUUAAACUAUUUUCGGCCACUAUUUUUGGACCAAAGUGACCUCAUUUCAACGGAAUAACAAUCAACCAAGUCUUUGGUUUAAGUUCAUUUUCAUCUCGUUCGUUGCCGUGUUAACAACAAUCAACAUCUUAUCAACAAUUAACAAUUUUCUAUCUGUUUCUCUGAUAACAAUCAACUAAUUGUCUAAGACAAAAAAUGAGUGAAUUAAAGUACGACGAUCCUGAUAUGGAAAGAUUAAAUUUCUUCUCAAUAAUUGAUAUUCUCGAAUCAUUUGAUUGGGUUGAUUUGGAGUAUUAACAACUGACCAUUGGUCAACAAUCAACUCGUAUCAAUGAAGUUAAUUCAUUCAUUAAGUUUCCAUGGAAGCAACAAAAACAAAACUUUAACCAAUCUAUAUCAAUAUCUUUCCAGUUGAUCACCAAAAACAACAACAACAACAACAACAACAAUUAACUUCCAUGAUCCCAUUAAUUGUUAACCCAUCGAAUACACAAUUAUCCUCAAAGAAAUACAAUUGAAUAAAAUAAAAAUUAUGAUUUAACAAGAAAAAUUGAAAAGUUAAUUAGUUUAUUUCAUUGAAAAGUUUGCUGAUCCGCCAACAAUUAACUUAAUCUCGUCUCUCUUAUCAUUUCAUAUGUAACCAGACAGGGUUAAUUCAACUGAUUCUGGUUCCACCGGAUCAACAUCAUGAAAUCAACGAGUGAUGGUUAGUUGUUAAAUUGUCCAGAAAAGUGAAUUAACUUAACUACGAAAACAAAAACUGGUUAAUUGUUGAAAGUUCACUUAAUGUAACCAGGAACCGGUUCUCUGGUUGCAUUGUUACUUGUUCUCAAUCUGGUAACAUCUCGGGUUCUCAGUGGUUCUUGUAUUCACCUUGGUCACUUUUCCAUCUUCAUUUUGUAUUGUAACACCAUUAGAAUAGUUAAUUGUUGUCAAACAAUCGCCAUUAGUUAAUAAAUUGUUCUCUAAAUUGUCAACUAUCUUUUUCAAUCUUCGUUCUUUUCAACCAAAUGAUGUUCAUCAAGUGACAACUUACCAACAAGUCAAUUCUAAAUUUUAAUCAUGUUCGAGGAUAAAUCAUUAUUGGCAGAGGAAAAUUAUGAAUCAAUCACAACGGGCGCUUCUAAUGAUGUGGCCAUUGAUAUGGAAAGUAAUGUACGAGGGUCAAUUGGUCGAGGAAGUAUUGUUCAGCCCACUUUCGAUACAUCGGAGAGUGUGACCUUGCCUCAGCCGUCAUCAUCAUCAACCGAUUCCACUCUGAAACCGAUCCGUGAACCCAUUUUGGUACGAGAAGCUGUGACUUCAGUUGAAUCUCGUUGCUAUGGAUCACGACCUGAACAUUUCGAUAUUGGAAUUCGUGUUAUCGAAGCCGCUCAACUUCCUGGACUGGACAUUAAUCCAAUGGUUCGAUUGAUGGUCGGAGAUCGUAAGAAAACAACCACAAUUCAGAAAUCGACCAAUUCACCUUUUUGGGAUCAAUAUUUCGUCAUAUCGUUCAAUCAGCCGCGUUUAGAAAUAUUUCAAAAAGUUAUUACGAUUACGGUUUACGAUUCAAAGGGACUUUUGAAAUCGGACGAGGUCAUUGGUCUAUUUUCUUGUGACAUUGGUACCGUUUUCUGUCAGCCCGGGCACUCGUUCCAUAGGAAAUGGGCGCUUCUAACUGAUCUCGAAACAAAUGAGCCUCGAGGCUACUUGAAAUUGGACAUAAAUGUACUGUUCAAAGGUGACAGUUCACCUUUAUCGGGAACAAUGGACGAUGAAGAUUCUAAGGAGUCGGGAGAAGACGAAGAUGACCUCGAAUCAGAUAACGUUGGAUCUGAUGAAUCUGAUAUCGAAUCGAAUUUACUAUUCCCGGUUGGUGUUACCGAACGACAAUCCAUCAAACUGGUCAUCAAAAUUUAUCGAGCAUAUGGACUCACUCGAGCCGAUUCAACGGUCAAAAAGGCUCUUAAUAUCAUCUCUUCGUCCUCAUCAAAGUCACCUUGUGAUGCUUAUGUCUCGGUUUCGUGCGGCUCAACUGGACGGACUUCGGUCAUUAAAAAGUCAUCUUCACCCGUUUGGAAUCAGCAGAUCACUUUUGUCGAAAUGUUUCCAACCUUUUUCCAGAACAUUAAAUUUGAGAUUAAAGAUGAUGAACUUGGAACGGACGGACUUUUGGCCACACAUUAUCUUCCGUUAAACUACAUCUCUAGUGAGGGUCAAGAUGGUUACCUGCCCACUUUUGGUCCAACUUUUAUCAAUUUGUACGGAGCAGCUCGAGAAAGUUCAAACUCCGAGAGUAAAACUUUGUCCACUGGUCUGGAAGAAGGUGUCGCUUAUAUUGGUCGACUUUUGGUCGCAAUUACAACAGAAUUUGUUGACCUUGUUUCACCUGAUUUAGAACGAAUGUCCAUUCAGAAUAUUGGUCCUUUCGAUGAGACACAUUUAGGACCAAAAGAGUUUGCGCUCGGCCUUCUCAAUUCAGUCUCACGAAUAGAGCAACGAUAUGCCGAUAAACCGAUAACCCUUGAAUUAAACAUGGGCGAUCCAGAUGAUUUGGAUGGCGAUGGAAAAAUAGACGAAGCUGAUAAAAAAGCUCGAGCCAAAUAUCGAGGUGUGACCUUACCCAUUAAACCCGCCAAAUGUUUCUCAAAUAAUCGCAAGGAAAACGCUUAUCAUUUACCCUUGGACACGGUUAAGCCGAUCAUGUUUCAUCGUUUCCAUUGGCUCGAUGAUACCUGGAGGCUUUUCGUUUCCAAUAGAUUGACCAGAAUCGCUCAAAAUCUUUCAAAUGGAUUAGCUGAUGUGGACGCGUUAACGGUCACUCGUGAAGUCGAUGCCGCUUGUCGUCUACUUGGUGUUUUAAGUCAACUACUCGAAAAUUGUUCCAGUUUAUUGCAAUAUUUACAAUCUUUAUCCGAUCCACCAGGAAUCUCUCGUCUUGACAAGGAGAAAAUGUCCAAACAGAGAGAUCAAAUUCUGUUUAUAUUAAAUGAAACAAUGGCCAUGAGAGAUUCGGUCUCAACGAGUAACAUCGUACCAAUUGUCCAAGCAGUGUCCCCAUGGGUCAAUGAAAUAAAUGAAUUAGCAUCUUCCCUUCAUAUUACGUUUCCCGAUAUUUUCCUUUCCAUGUUGGUUGAGGGUAAAAGAAUAGCUCAAAUACGACUUGCGACCAAGGACAUUGUCUAUUCACCUGAACUCGAAAGUUGUGGUAUCCAUGCAGCUAAAUUUCGAGCAAUUUUACUUCGACAAGGUGGCCGACCCAAUGGUCAUAUUCGAUCACAGGUCGAUAUACUUUGUUGGUUUGGUGUCUCUGAUAAACUCCCUGACUUGGUCAAGCAUUUUCCUUCAGGCUAUUCACCUGAGCCCUCUCUUGAAUCUCUUAGUAAAUCAGAUGUUGACCCGCCGACUCAUCUUAAAUAUCCUGAAAGGUCAAUCUUUCAAUCACGCGCUCAUCUUUUCCAGGCUCGAUCUCUUAUCGGUGCCGAUACCUCUGGUCUCUCCGAUCCUUAUGUCAAAUUAUACUACGAUAAAUGUAUCUUGGUGUCUAGUGUCAAGGAGAAAACUUUAUCACCUUGUUGGGAUGAAUUAAUGAUCGGAUCUCAAAUUAGUCUGAUUGGUUCGAGGGAAGAUAUUAGAGCCGCUAGAUUAACCGCUUUGGCUGAAGUUUACGAUCGUGAUAUAAUUGGCGAUGACGAACUGAUUGGUCGAGCCAAAGUCACCUUCGAUUAUGUCCGUUUCGCUGAUGAACCUUAUAUUUUACCUCGAUUAAAUUGGUUCGAUGUUUGGUUGAACAGUUCGGAAAGUGGUCAACUUUUGAUGGCUCUCGAAUUGGUUCAAAUUAGUGAUUCUGAUAGUUCAGAAGAUUAUCCUAGAUGUUUACCUGGUGCCGUUCGUCAUUCCAACGGUCAAGAUAUAAUCUCAAUUCCUCAACAAAUUAGACCAACUCUAUCAAAGUAUAAACUUCAGAAUUUUUGGGGUGUUCGUGACCUGAAACGGGUCAAAUUGUUAUCAGUUGAUAAGCCAAAAGCCGAAGUAGAAGUGGGUGGUUAUAUUGUUUCUUCCUCUGUGAUUCCAAAUUGUUCAAAGAAUCCAAAUUUCCCUUCAUUUCGAAAAGAAAUUGAACUUCAAUUACCUGACCAAGAGUUUUACUGUCCACCUUUGUCCAUUCGUGUCGGCGAUUGUCGUGCUUUUGGACGGUUCACUUUGGUCGGUACUCAUUUGGUCAGAUCUUUAGUUAAAUAUGUUUACAGUAAAGACAAACAAGUUGACAUUCACCAUUUACCAAAACGUCAUAUUGUCAUUGACCUUGACCAUUUAAAGCCCAAAAUUGGAUCGACUGGUGACCAAUUGGACGCAGUCAUGGUCUCUAAUGGUGGUACCGCUGCUCGAGCGAAAAGAAAACCCGAUGAAGAGAUUGUGAUGAUGGAGAAAAAAGUUAACAAAGAAUCAGAGGAAGAGGAGAUCGAUUGGUGGAUGAGGUACUUUACCUCGAAAAAUGGUAAUUCAUCGGGUAGAAGAGAGUCACGAAAGUCCAUGAUUCCAUACCAUUUGACCCUUCGAGUUUAUCCCGAAGAGCUUGAGAAACGUUUCGAUGGUCAUAGUGCCGAUAAUAAGUUGACCGCAUUCCCCUUAAAACGAGGUAAAUUUGACGAUGAUACAAACGACACCAAAACCAUGGGCGUUUUUAAAGGUGCAUUUAGAUUAUACAAAAGUCCAUGGAAAAAUGGAAUUCAACUUCUCGAUCAUUUGUCCAAUAACGAUCCCGUUAAGGUGCUUGUUCGAGUUUACAUUGUCCGAGCUUACGAUGUCAUCCCUAGAGAUGCAAACGGUAAGGCUGAUCUUUACCCGAUCCUUAAACUUGGAUCGCAAAAGUUUGACGAUUCUGAUAAAUUUGUGCCAAAUUGUUUGGAUCCUCUUUUCGGACGAGUCUAUGAAUUUGAGGCCACUUUUCCUCUCGAAUCAACAUUAACAAUCUUAUUGAAAGAUUAUGAUUCCUUUUCAACGGACGAACUAAUCGGAAAAACAACAAUUGACCUUGAAGAUAGAUAUUAUUCUGACCAUAGGUUUACCUGUGGCCUUCCAAGAUCUUAUCAAACAUCAGGUCCAGGUAAAUGGCGGGACUCACUGAAACCAAGCCAAAUAUUGACCAAAUUAUGUCGUGACCUUAAGAUGAGUCACCUAGUGAUUACCAAGAAAUAUAUUCAAAUUGGUAAAUUAAUGUUUACCCGAAAGCAAGAAGAUGCUUCAGAUUUAACUGAGAUUCCCCAUGAAGAUGAACAGUUAUCGUUGGGAGUGUUGAAUUCAUGGAAAGAGGCCUUUGGCUAUUCAUUGGUACCCGAACAUGUUGAGACUCGAUCAUUGUAUCGACCCGAUAAACCGGGAGUUAAACAAGGUAAACUCGAGAUGUGGAUCGAUAUGUUUAGAUUAAGUGACCCACGACCACCUCCGUUGGACAUUGCACCAAGAGCUCCACGAUCAUAUGAACUUCGGGUGGUCAUUUGGAAUACAAAAGAUGUCAUUCUUGAUGAUGAUUCAUUGGUUUCCGGUGAAAAAAUGUCCGACAUUUACAUCAAGGGCUGGGUAGACGAUCCCAAAGCAGCUCAACAGACUGAUACUCAUUACCGAUCGUUGACCGGUGAGGGAAAUUUCAAUUGGCGAUUUGUUUUCCGUUUCGAUUUCCUUCCCGCUGAAGGUGUUAUCCUAGUUCGCAAGAAAGAUUCAUUUUUCGCCAUGAACUCAACAGAUUUAAAGAUUCCCUGUAAAUUGAAUCUUCAGGUUUGGGAUUAUGAUUCAUUUUCGGGUGAUGAUUUUCUCGGUUGUUUACCAAUCAAUUUAAUUGAUUUCCCUCGAGGAGCUCGAUCGGCAAAAGAAUGCACCUUGGACAUACUUUCGGACAGUCCAACAAUUAGUUCCGUUGAUACGAGUAACAACAAUCAAAUAAUUAAAAGUUCACGAAUCAACUUAUUCAAAGAAAAACGUAUCAGAGGUUGGUGGCCUUUCUAUGCUAAUCUAGCCGACGGAGGAACUGAAUUAACUGGUAAAUUGGAGGCUGAUUUUGAACUGUUAACCCAAGACGAAGCUGAUGCUAAUCCGGCUGGAUUAGCACGAGAUCCACCUCAGCCUUUGGAUAAGCCUCAACGACCUGAUACAUCGUUCGCAUGGUUCGCUAAUCCCUGGAAGUCGUUCCGAUACAUCAUUUGGACUCGACGAAAAUGGUUCUUCUUUAAGCUUUUACUUUUCGUUUUCUUAUUCUUUUUCUUUUUGAUAUUUUUCUAUUCUCUACCUGGUUACACAGUUAAGAAAAUGAUUGGAGCUUAAUUAACUUCAAAUUGCGAUUAACUAAUUACCUUAAAAUCUACUCAAGGUCUUUGAUUAUGCAAUUAUCUAACGACAACUCAAUCAAAAAGCGCUAUUAACAAAUUAAAAUGAAUAAAAUACUCAAACAGUUAAGAUGAAUGAUUUUUUCUGUAAAACCCAAAAUUAACUAAUCGUUAAAUGGUUGAGUAUAAUUUUUGAUUUCGCUCCAAAAUGUUUUGGUAAAAGUGAUCAAUAUGAUGAUUAACUAAUUGUUACAAUUAAGAUGAAGAUGAAAAUGACUUAAUUAAUAAUUAGAUUAUUAUGGUGAUGAGGAUUCGUAUUCAACCGUAAUCAAAUUUGAUUCCACAUUCAAAUCAGCUGAUGACAACUUUCGUGUUUCAGUAAACAUUAUCAAAUUGUGAUCUCGAAUCAGAGUUAAGCUCUAGACAAUUUGAUCAUAGAAUUAAAAAAUCUUGUUUAACCAACACAAAUCAACUGAUUUCAGCUUAAAUUGUUGUUUCAACAACCGAAAUCAUCUUCAAUUGAUUUCAGAAGUCUUGAUCAAAAUUCAAUCUUGACAAUUAACACGAUUAACUUUUGGUUUUGACUUUUUCUUCAUUUUUCCUAUUCCAACUCAAUUUGAAUCCAAAAUCAAAGAAUCGGCAAUCAACUAAUCGGCCUCGGUGAAACAAUUUUCACCUCGGAAUCAAUCUGAUCCCAGAAUUAGUUGAUUACGUUUGGUGAGUCCAAGCCUUAGAUGAAGAUAUUGAGUGAGUGACAUGAUGACAAGUGAUGAAGAUGGACACCUUGUAGAAAUUAAGUUUAAUUAUUAAUUUUGCUUUCAAUUUGCUUCUCAAGUAUCAACAUAAUCCCAUAGAUGGCUUAACAGUUUGUCUACUAAUCCAUUUAAUUGUCAUCAGCUUUGAUUUAAUGAGCAGCGGUCAACAGGUUACCCAAUACAAUUAUUAAUCUUUUUUUUUGUUCAAUUUCUUGUAAUUACCAUUAAUCUAAUUUUCCAUCUUAAUCUACAAUCAGUUUAUAUUUAAUCGAAUGGCUCUAAGAGAAUUUGAGUUUCUUGAUAAAUUUUGGCUUCUUCCGGGUGGAGCUACAUUGAUACAAGAACUUUUAUUGGCUCUGAUUCAUCGUCGAAUCCUGUCAAUCAACAGGGUGAAAGUGGAGAAACAAGAAAUUAUCACCGAAGAGCAAUUAGCUCAUUGUAAUGGAUUAGUUGAGAGUCUUGAGCGAUUGGGAUUAUCAUUCAGAUCAUUUAUUGAUUCGGGUCCCGAUGAAUGUGAACUUUUACAGAGAUUAAAAGAAGUGAUCAUCCAAUAUAAAUGUUCCAUUCGUGUUUGCCAUCGACGAUUACGUGUUUUAUUCAGUCACGAGCCAGCGGAAGAUGAAACAUCGAAAACACUCUUGAUGAAACUGACCAGCGAUCCAGCGACGAUUCCCUAUUAUAAAUCAAUGGCCGUUGAACUGGUUAGACUUUACAUUUGUUAUAUCGAAGUGAUCAGAGUGGUAAUUCAAACAAACAACCAUUACGGUCAACCGAUUGGCCUUAACAUUUUGGGAAUCGAAAGUGUCCUCUCUAAACUUCGCUCGCUACUGGAAACACUUGAAAGAAUGACCAUCAUGCCAACGGACUUACGGUCAAACGAAUCGCGUAACUGUGACCCGCUCUAUCUUUUACUCAAAAAUUUCCAUUACAUGAUAAAAACACUCACUUCGGCUCGAGCCAAUCUCUUAUUUCCACCACCUCGACAGCCGAAAGCCUUAAACCCACCGAACGAUCCACAAGCUUGACCAGCCGAUCAACUUUAAUCCAGUUGAAUCAAUUGACCAUCAAGACACAAUCAAAAUCAUGACAUUCACUUGACUAAUUAACAUUCAUUUUCAACUCCCAAUGUUAAAUUAUCCUAAACAAUUGCGCUUCUUUAAAUUAUUUUCACAUUGAUUACCUUGUAAUUAACUAAUCAAUUAAUCAAUGGAUACACUUUUUUAAACAAUUAAAUGUUACCUCCUUUUAGACUUAAUCAAUUGAUUACCAAUUAAUUCCCAUAGAUGGCUCAUCAAUAAUCAUUGAUUGCGAUUUUAAAUUUUUCUGUUUACAUUUUGUUGUUUGUUGUUCACAUUUUCAACUUUAACCUCUAAUUAAUUUUUUUUCUGGACAAUUAAUUAGUGUCACCAAUUGAUUAGAUUGUCGACAAAACGUUUACAUAGUUCAAGUUGAACUUUGAUUGGAUUAAAUUGACAAUGGAAUCAAUGGAAGUUUGUGAGAUUGAUUUUCUUUCAAAAUUCUGGUCAAUCCAAGGUUCCAAUGUGUUGAUGGUUGAACUUUUUCUCGCCAUAAUUGAACAUCGAAUUGGAUCAAUCGAAAGAGCUUUAGAAGAUAAUUCGAAUAAUCUGAGUAACAAAGAGGUAUGUUUCUAUUCUAAUGCUAGAAUGUCACUGAGAACACUCUCAGAAUCGUGUUCAAGUUUAUUCCCAGUUCUUGUUAAUUGUAGUCCGAAAGAGUUCAAGGAUUGUAUGAGUGAAUAUUUUACCGAAUAUAGUGGAUUAGUUCAAAUCUUUUUCCUCUCGACAAAUUUUCGCAUCUACUCAUUAUCAGAAUUACAAUUAUCGAUAUCGUUUCAUAACUUUACUCUCUUUAAUUCAACAUAUUUACCUGAGAGUAAAUUAAAAGCUCUUGAUCUCAUAUCCCAUUAUAUUGUUUUACUCGAUUGCGUCGAGAAAAUAAUCGCUAAAUUGCAAUCCAAUGGUCAACAAAUCGGUCUAAAUCAUAGGCAUAUCGCUUAUAUUAUCGAUGAAAUCAGGUCAAUUUACGAAGCCGUUAAACAGACAUUACCUCAAGAUCCAUCGGACCCAAUGAAACAAUCCAAUUUGAGCUCAUAUCAUGAUCUAAUGCGACAAUUUAAUCAUCUCAUCGAAGCUGUUGUCGAGGAUUAUGACCAACACUAACCAUAAGUCGAUUAAUAUUGAUUAUUAAUCGACAGCCGAAACUCAAACAGACCAAUCGUUCGGACUUUCUCCAGGUCCAAGAUUCACUGGACAUUACAGUGUAAAAACCUUCCCUUGGAUUGAAUCUAAUUUUGUGUAAUUAUAAUCUGUGAUCUCUAUUCACUGUUAAUUAAUCUCAUUUCUCUCACUCCAACACUUGAAAUUCAAGUCCUCUCAUGUAAAUGAUCAUUAAAUUACCAAUAAACGAAUCAAUUGAUUAAAAAUUUUUCUCAAUCAAAACCAUUUACGAAUAUAAAGUAAACUAAAAGAACGACAGAUGGCGACCUGAUCGAUUUAAUUGUUUUCUUUUUUAUCCGAGUGAACAAUUUAGUUAACUAAUUUAGUUGGUUAAUUUCAGUAUUUUAAGCCAAGAAUUUGUCUCCAACUGUCUCUGAGUCGGUACUGACUCGAUUAUGAUCCGUUCGGGUGAGUAAAUAUCGGAAAUUGGAAAAUGAACUGAAAUCAUUGGCUGAUUAACGAUCAAUUUGAAUUAACCGGAUUAACUAUGAGAUGUUGUUAAUUUGUCGUCUGAUAUUUGAAAAUUUAACGGUUGCAGUUUGAGAUUUUUAAAUUUAAUCUCAUGGUAAAUUUUUAGCUUUAAUCUGAUUGUGUAUUUAUGAUCAUCAUUUGUCACAUGUUGACUGUUAAUAUUUUCAAAUCAAUUGGUUUUCUUUUGUGAUUAAUUGUUUACUUUUGGACUAAUUAUGAGUACAUCUAAUCAAUUAAAGAUUAUUCAGAGUUGUGAACCUGAACAGCUGAGAGAAAUUGCUUUUCUCCACCAAUUCUGGGGAUUGGGCAUUGAAAUAGUUCGAGAUUUAUUUCUCCAUAUUAAUGAUCGUCGAUUACGUUUUUCCAGUGAAUUCAUGACCAAACCCGAUACACCUCAACAUCUUAAAGACUAUCUGGUCAGUUUUUGUAGUUCGAUAUCAGUAUUGACCGAAUUGUCCUUGAAACUGCCAAUGAGACAAGGAGUUGAUGCUCAUUGUGAGAAAUUAUUACGAAAAAUAAUUGAACAAUAUGAAAGAAUUGUAACCAUAAGCAGAAUUCGCGUUGAUUUUUGCAGAAUUGCCGAUUUUGAAACAUCUCGAUCGCUAAUUAAAAAGUUCGAUACCAAACCAUCGGAAUGGAUUUUCAACCAAGCCCUUGUCAUGAUGACCAAAUACUUCACUGAUAUCGAAAUUUUGAAAAAAGUUCUUGGCCCAAACGAAAAGAAAGGAAAAGGUCUACUUGUCAAAGAGCCACUUCAAUACAUUAUCGAAAAUCUAACCUCGAUUAAAGAUGAACUCGAAGAGCGACACAGAACCGAGGCCAUGACCGAGUCAUUCCUCAAUGGUGCCUACUUACUCUUGGAGCGAUUCGAUCUUCUAAUCAACAUGCUAAGCUGGUAAUCAAAUCGAUCGGCAAAAUAAUCUCCAAUCACAAUCAGAGAACCACAAUUCACUUUGAUCUCAUUUCCCAAUAAAGAAAAUCUCAAACUUCGAA